CAUUGCAAUGAUUUUAUUAAUUCGCAAUGCUUCUUAAAAUGUCAGUGUUCGUAAACGUACGCAUUACAAAUUUUAUGGAUUCUUAAAUCAGAUUUUGUAAUCAAUAUGAUCGUGUUUAAAGCAUUUUUAUUUUUUCAAUUAAUUUAUAUUACUUCGCCAUUACUAAUAAAUCAAAGAUCAGAUUGGGGCAACGUACAGGCAAAAAGUGAUGACGCGUGCGUUUCGAUUACUUUAAACAAACCAAUUCAGCUUAGGUCAAAUAGUUAUCAGACGUUUUAUGUCAGCAACAAUGGUGGUAUAUUUACACAAAGUUACACUACGAUGAUUGAAUUUAAUCCGUGGACUAGUUUUCCACCAGAUAGCCUUUUGGUAUACUGGGCGGAUGCAAAUUAUCUACGUCAAUGCACGGAUGUUUUAUGUGGGAUGUACAUUAAUCAAAAUCCCUCAAAUGCACUUUUAUCAAUAAUCAACAAUACUAUUAAAAAUGGUUUUUCUGCGGAUGAAAAGAGAACAAUAAUUGUAACAUGGUAUAAAGCUCCAUUAUACGCCUCAGCGUCGCUUAAGCAACUUUUAGAAAACACUUUCCAAGCAGUUUUAACUUCUGAUGGAACAAAUACUUAUUUCAUUGUUUCAUAUGACACUAUUACUUAUCCUCAGCUUAACGAUGGAGCUGUCAAGAUUGGUUUUUAUCAAAACUCAGGUUUUCGAAUUGUUCUCCCUGGGUCAGAAAAUUUAAACUUUAUCAGAAAUAAUCUAAACUGUCAAUCUAAUGUUAAUCUUCCUGGUGUUUAUGUUGCAGGACUGACAUCUUUAAGUGGUUAUCAAGGUAUCAAUAAUGCAGGUGUCAGCAAAAUCACCAGUUCUUGCUCAUUCUGUCAAGGAGACAGUCUUGUACAAUGUUUUCAACCAAAUACUUUGCAAGCAUCACCAAGCUUUACCUAUUUAAAUAUGGCAUCUUCAGGAGUUGCAAGUACUAGAUUAGCAUGGUUAUCUACUUUAAAUGCUACAGUUGUUACUUUUUCUGAUGAAACUCAGAGAACUCCAAUCCAGUCUGGUGUUAUUUCAAGUAGCUCUCAAUUUGUUACUAGUACAUCUUCCAAUAAUUCCACAUUGUUUGCAUUUUCUGUUUUCCUCAUAUCUGCUUCUAUUGCAACUCCUUCUAUCGCUACUGCUGUUGUUCCUACCCAAUCUGGAUUGUCAUCUAUACUUUUAAGUACUAUUGUUGCAACAACACCUCAGUCUUCCACAAAUUCAACAACACCUCAGCCUAAGUCUUCAACAAAUUUAACAACACCUCAGCCUCAGUCUUCAACAAAUUCAGGAGGGUGUUUGGUUAAUAAUGGUGGUUGUAGUGAUAUUUGUAAUCUUUUAAAUAACAAUGUAGUUUGCUCUUGUUCAAAAGGUGUUUUGGCAUCCGACAGUCGUACUUGUUAUGAUAAUACAGAAUUUAUCUUUGCCUCAUUGAAAAACGUAGUUUUAAAAUGGAACAGUAGUGACACUCUUGCCCCAAUAUACAAUUUUGGUGUUACUUCUAAUGAUGUAGGUAUUGUUGCUAUGGGCUAUGAUUAUAAGAACAAACUUUUUUACUACUCAAGAAACACUGCUACAGUUUCAAUUAUCAGUGUGAUGAAUAUUGAUGGAAGUAAUAAACAAGCUCUGUUCAUUGUGAAUAAUACUGUUGAUGGUAUGGCAUAUGAUUGGACAAGAAAUUUUCUAUACUAUGCAGACAAGUUUAAUGGUAUUUUUUCUUUGGAUCUUAAUUCCAAAGUUUUGAUUCCAGCUUUAGUUUCAAAAGGUAUUAGCAAUUCGCCAUCACCUGUUUUCCCAAGAGCUAUGGUUUUGGAAAAUUGUGGAAGAUCGCUUUUUGUAACGUUUUGGGGGGAGAAAAAUGGUUAUGUUGGAAGGUUUUUCUUUAAUAAUACAAUGAAAGUAAUUGCAGGAGACUUAUUAUACCCUAAUUCCUUAGCUAUAGAUCGUAAAAAAAGUAGAUUAUAUUGGGCAGAUUCAUUCUUUUCAAGAAUUGAAAGUUCAAAUUUUGAUGGUAGUUGUCGCCAGAUUAUUGCAUUUGUUCCACUUUAUUAUCCAUUCAGUAUGUUUUAUUGGAAUAGUUCACUGUUAUGGAUUAACUGGGUAAAAUUAGAUAGUGCUGGGCAAAAUUCUAUAAUGGCAACUAAUAUAUGGAAUAAACAGACUGUUGUUUUUAAAAAUAUUAGUAGUCGUGGUUAUGCUUUAAAUUUGUAUCAAGAUGACUCUAAUGGAAUAUGUGAUAGCACUCCUGCCUGUGAAAAAAUACCAUUUAUUCCUUUAUAUCCAAUUAGUAACCAACCACUUUUACCUUUUGGCAAAGAUUUUGAUAGAGAGCUACCUCCUACUGAUGAUGGCGGUGUUGAAUUCCUACUGUCACGAAAUAUUCCUUUGUUUUUGAACUACCCAUCUGGAAAUAAAAUUUUUAUCAAUACAAAUGGUAUUAUCUCAUUCAAUGAUUUUUUCAAGGAGUCAAGUGCUUUCACUGAUAGCAAUGUACCCCUAUUAGCAGUGUAUGCAGCUGAUUUUAUUACUUCUCAAAUCGGUAAUGUGUAUUACAGAGAAUCGUUUGAUCCAAUCGAUCUCAUGAUGGUUACUAACAUUUUAAAAAAUAAUUCCUUGGAUUCUAACAAUUCUCUAUUUAAUCCAUCUCAUUUGGUUGUUGCUACUUGGGAUAUGGUGCCUUCAUUUGAUAACCCUAACUUGAUGAGCACAUUUCAAGCAGUUAUUGCAUCUGAUGAUAAACAAUCUAUUGCCAUUAAUUUAUAUCAGAGGCUUGAUAUAAGUGGUGGGCAAGUUGGAUUUAACAAUGGUCUUUCGUGUAAAUUUUUUCCAUCCAUUGAAAAUACAGAGUUGCUUAAUCUUGGAAAUAUGGUGUUUAAUUUGUCAGAGUGUUUUAAUUCAUAUAUAAAUUUAUCAACAACUCAACAAGUACCCAUUACAAGUACUACCAGUUCUCCAGUAGGUAUUGGACAAAUAUCAAUCAAAGUUAUACCUAAUAUACAAAAUUUGUUUCAGGAAACAUCAUUAUUAAGUGAUGACAUAAGUAUAAGCAAUGAUAGUUCGGUAAUUUUUUCACAAACAGUAUCUAAUGUUUAUCCUUCCAAUUCAUUUCUAAAAUAUAAUAGUUCAGUGGCAACAUUUAUUGGUUCACAUGAAAGUGUAGAUGCAUAUCUUUUGCUUAUGUCAGUUAGUUAUUUGUCAAGCUCAUUGCAAAGCCAAUUACAAAUUGGAAAGUUUCAAACUUUACCAUACACAGACUUAAACUGUGUGUACACUUUUUUUCCAACUAUAAUGGAAAGUUCACCUGUAAUAAAGUUAAAUGGUUACACACCUGCUACCAAUCAGUAUUUUUCUGAUUUCCCAUUGUUAUGGUUGUAUAACACCACUGUGAAUGGUUUUGGUGCAUGUUAUAAAGAACAGUUUGCUUUUUCAGAACUAAAGGACAUUUAUAUAAGUUAUGUAGCAAUAUCUAGACCCACUUUAAACAUUUCUGAAGCAAAUACUUAUAUCUUUGAUACCAAACUUAAUGGAGCUGCAACUAAUCAAAAAAGUCUAUUUUGUGAAAAGAUCAAUUUUAAAUAUUCCUAUUUAGAUAUACCUAUUGUACUCCUAACUCCUGAAGUGAUUAUAUCUGAUUUAAAUACAGUAACAAAAGAAUCAAUGUUAAAAAUUGGUAAUCUGAUUACGUGGGUCCAUAGUGUUGGUAAUACUUUUGUAGUCAUUUGUUCCCGAAAUGGUCACGAAAACCAAACUCAUCGACCAUUCCCAGUAAAACUGCACUAUAGUGUUAUUGGAACUGUAGAACCUUGCUUUAAUUUUGCUUGUGCAGAUGAGCUGGAAUGUCAAUUUGAUGACAAUUUAAAACCAUAUUGUGGGUGCAAACUAUUGUGUCCAGUAUCUAGUAAUGUGUGUGGCUUUAAUUUAGUAACCUACUCAAGUCUUUGUGAAAUGCAAAAGAACUUUUGCAAUGAAUUUGGAAAUAACAGUAACACAUGGCCUGGAAUGGCUUAUGAAGGGAGUUGUAAACAGGAUCCAUAUCUUACUGGAAUGGUUAAAUUGGAUCCAGUUCCAGGUGCACCUGGUGUAUUCUGCAAAAAUGUUGCAUUGGUGUCAAAUUUUUUUUAUAAACUUUACCCAUUACAGGUUAUUUUAACUGUGUCAUGGGAAUCAGAUAUAAAAAGAAAAACAAUUCACGAUGCAUCAGCUGUCUGGAGUGAAAACGUUACUGUAAAUAGCUUUAGAGCUUGUGUAUUAGUUGCAGGAAGACAUUUUUUUGACAAUUUGCCUUCACCUAAUGUGUAUUGGGGAGUUUUCCAAAAAAGCAUUUUUACACCAGGUAUAAUAGAAGGUGGAAUUAUUAAUCUUCCUACAUGGGAAACUGGAAGCCAGUGUUUUUCUUUAUCAUUUCCAAGAACUCCAAAUCUUUUGGCAUCUGUCAGCCUUAAUUCAAGCAGUUUUACUGAUGCGUUGAAUAUUUGGAUAGAAAAAGAUCCAAAUUCAUUGGUGCAUAAAAUCUGUGUUCAGGAAUUACAAAACUUCGAUGGUGUUCAUGAAGGUGUUCAAAUUCAUUAUCUAGCAGUGUACACUGCUUCAAAAUAUUUUCCAGAAGUUGGUGACAUGGUUUUAACUUCCUCUAAUAUUGUUGGAUCAACCAUUUGUUCUGCUAUGAAAUACAACACUCAUUAUCCCAAAUUACCAAGUCCUACAGUAUUUGUAACAGUUGCUUCUUCAAGUUCAUUUUUUUCUGCAAAUUAUCCUUUAAAAGAUUCUUUAAAUAAUUUGGCAGCAUGGAUAGAGACAAAGAACGACACUAGCAUUCAGUUUUGUGUAGAUUCAGUUGAUUGGGAAUAUAUGAAGCUCAAUAAACUUACCCUUUAUUAUGUCAUUUUUCCAAAGUUUUGUGAGGAUGGUUAUUACUAUUUUCAAGACCAGUGUUUCAAACUUCUCAACAACAACUACACUUAUGAUCAAGCUCAGUUACAGUGCUCUUAUCUCAAUGCUUCUCUACCUACAAUUGUUUCUAGACCUUGGGACUAUUUUUUAGUUUCACUUGCUAAUUCAGCAAUUUGGUUAGAUUUCAAAAAAAUUGAUGGUCAGUGGGAAUGGAGUAAUAGCCUUUUAUCUUAUACAAAUUGGGGCAUUGGAAAACCAAGUGGAAAUGGUAAUUGUUCUAUAUCUAAUGGUACACAAGGAUGGGCCGAUGUAUUGUGCUUACAAUCUUAUAAUGCUGUUUGCUAUAAAGAUGCUCAAAUAGCUUUUCUUGAUUGCUCUAUGACAUGUCAAAAUGGCUUGUGUCAAAACUCUUUAGGCAUAGUUACAUGCGAUUGUUUGCCAGGCUUUAGUGGAAAGUGGUGCGAUCAGAAAUUUCCUGAUGGCUGUCAAAACUAUGUGACGUUAAAUCAAUCAUGGCGUCGAUAUAGUAGCAGCAGCUUAACAAGCACCCCACUAAAUAUUUCAUGCGAUAAUAUGUUAGCUGGUAACGAUUCGUUAUGGAUUAGAUUCAGUUCAGAAAGUGGUGGGAAAUUGUGGGACUCAAAAUGCAUAGAAUCACAAAACUAUUGCGGUGUCAAGUAUCCAGGUUGGCUAUCAGUCUCACAUCCAAGUGUCAGUGACGGAUUAGUCACUGCUACUUUGUAUUUCUAUUCUUAUUACUGUGCCAGCGAUGUCGGUUUAGUAAAAAUUAUAAACUGCAACAAUUAUUACGUGUAUAACUUUGUAACAAUACCUUAUUGGAGUUGCGAUUUUGGUGUUUGUACAGUUUAAACAUUUUUAUUAUUUUUAUCAAAUUUAUUAAUAACGAGUUUUUAAACUAAUUUCAUACACUUUAUGUAAGGUUUGUAUAAUUAUAAAUCGAAUUUUUGUUAUUUAAAUAUUUUGUUUUUGUUAUUUAAAUAUUAAAGUUGUAUUUAAAAUA